AUGAAUUCUGAAGAUUGUUCUGCAACAGAGACCAGCUCCUUGCAUCUGAAAAGAGGACAACAAAAUAAUGCCAUCGGGCUUCACUUCGCAGCAUAUCAUGAAGGGUCCAUUCAAGUUCCCAUCCCAUGUGCUGUAGUGAAUGUGGUCUUCAUCACCACUCUAAUCAUAGCUCUCGUUGCUUUAUCAGUGGGUCAGUACAACUGUCCAGGCCAAUAUAUGUCCUUGGUGCCACCAAACACCCAUGUUUCUUCAUGCUCAGAAGAUUGGAUAGUAUACCAGGGGAAAUGCUAUCUUAUUUCCAAGAAAACAAGGAACUGGACUUUGGCCCAAAACUUUUGCUCCAAACACGGUGCCACUCUGGCUGUCAUUGAUUCUGAAGAGGACAUGAUCUUUUUAAAACAACAUGUGGGUAGAAGUGAACACUGGAUUGGGCUGAAAAAUGAAGCUGACCAGAUGUGGAAAUGGUCAAAUGGCAAAAAAUUUAAUAACUGGUUCAACCUUACAGGAUCCGAGAACUGUGCAUUUCUGAACAGCACAGAGAUCAGCAGCACAGAAUGUGAAAAGAAUUUACACUGGAUAUGUAGCAAACCUUCCAAAUAA